GUGGGCGUUGUGCUGCCAUUCGGCCCCGCUCUUCCCCAGACGCAGUCGCGCGUCCAGCCCACGCCCCACGGGCACCACCGCCGCACCAGGCUUUUACGAGCUCCCGACGCGUCGCCGCCGACCACAGCACGGCUGGCGUGUCGAUCCCUCCCGCUCUCCUCGCCGGAUCCCCACCCGCCGCGCCCCGCCCCUCUCUGAGCCCAGUCCAGUGGGGGCAGAGAUCCGUUAGCGCGAGGACUGGUCCCUUCUUGGGUUGCUAGCGAGAUCGACACUGGUUGUAGCGCUUCGUGGCGCCUGAUUGGGUCGCGGGUGCGGUUAGCCCUCCACGAAUUCGGGGUUUGGUUCAGCUGAACCCCCAUGACCCAAGCCAAGUCCGCUCCUGGGAGGAGGGAGAUGGGCCGGGGACGAUCGCCGGAGCCACUCGAUUUCUUCAUAUGGACUGUCGAGGAUGUUGGAUUAUGGCUGGAAGAAAUAAAUCUUGGUGGCUACAGACAAGUAUUUGAAGAAAAUGGUGUCAAUGGAGAAUAUCUAGAAAGCUUGUCCAUGUUUACUACUGAACAGAUUCUGCGCUUUAUUAGGCGGUGCCAUAUGAAAUGGGGAGACUUUAUCACACUGUGCAAAGAGUUGAGGCGCAUUAAAGUCGCCUGCCUCAAAGGGGAGCAAGAAGUCCGCAGGCCAUGGUGGGCACCGGCAUGCCUCUCCAUAGUGUUCGUGAGGGCAGCCAAGCAGAACAGGAAGUCCCGUGUUGUCUCCUUGAAGCUGGAACCAUGAUGCUUGUCAAGCACUUCGAAUCGUCGCCUGUGCUCCUAAGUCCUCCAGCUCUAUUGGAGGCAGCCUGUGCGCACACUGUGGUGCGCUAGUCCAAAGUGGCAUGAAAGCUGGUUUCGCUCUGGGUGCAUCAUGCUCUACUAUGUACAACUGGUCUCUCUUAUCCCUUGUUAGUUGUUCUUCAUAUAUAGGCUUGGAACAGUAAUCUGCUGUAGACAAAGAAAGAGAAACAUAUAUAAUGUGCAGAUGGUCUCUGGCUCCCUGCAAGUCUGCUCUCUGCUUCUUGCAAAUCUUCCUGAGUCGUUAUGGUGCAUGCGAUUUGCUAAAAGAAUAAAGAUUGGCCAAGACCUCACUGUCC